GAUAACAUUGAGAUGUUGGCUAUCUAUUAUACUUCUAAUAUAAGUUUUUGUUUUUUCUGAUCAUACAAAAUGCUUGCAUCAACAAUUUCUGUAUGUUCAUAAAAUGUGUUUUCUUGGCCUUAUAAGAUAAAAUUAAGUUUGAUGUGUACUUGCACUGUUGGAAACUAUGAUUGCUUUGAUUGGCUUGGUGCAAAUAUCAGGUCGUUGUAUGGAUUGAAACUAAUAAUUGCACUAGGAGCUGAAAGUAAGUUUUUGUUAUUUAUAUACCAGUAAUUGCUCCAAAAAUUAGGUGGCUCAUUUUGGAUACAUUUUCUGCCCAUUAAUCAAUGGAGAGAUCCAGGGAAAAUGUACCUGUGGUGACUUUCUCUUACAAACUCAUUUAUUUUAUUUGCAUCUUAGUAGAUAUUAUUUUUCCUCUUGAUUCAGAGCAGCUUUGGGUGUUGGACUCGGUUGUUGGAACUGUGAGCUCAGAUGAAAGUGAUGGUGAAGUAGAAAAGGUGUUACAAACUUUGAGAAGACUACCUUCAUCCCUUCCAUCAAGAAAAUGGCUUGUCGAUCACAUGAUUGAACAUGGAUUUUCGAAGUCCCUUGCUGAGUGGAUUGGGAGCAACCUAAAGAAUUCGGGUGAUGGAGUAACCUGGACUUUUAAUCUUCAAGCUGCCAUUGCUAUGUUUGAUUCCUACCGGGAAACAAGCUAUUGGUGUUUACUGGAGCAACCCCCAAGGGGAAUGGAGAUUGUGGUAGUUCGGGCAGAGAAUAGUGCAAGAUGGCACAAGCAUGUGCUCGACAAGUUGGUUUAUUUAUCGACCAUGGAAAGGAGAGCAGAUGAGGGAAAGGUGACACUUCAUGUUCUUCCGAAGUCUGGUCAUUGGGUACAUGUGGACAACCCUAAGGGCUUACUGGAGAUAAUGGUACCCAAUUUUAUAACCAUGUCUUGAAUCUUUUGUACUUGCUUUAUCUUGUUUCUUUCAUCUAAUUUUUUCUUGAAUAAAUUGACCGGUGUUGGCAUCCCAGUGUAAUCUUGUUCAUGCAC